AUGGCCUUCUGCAAAAGUUCAGACUUCAUGCCCAUCCUUCGCCCCGGGGCACAAUCGGAGGCUCCCCCACCCCCCCGGUGGAACGGAAGGAGUCAAGCCAAAACAACGCAAACCAAAGCAAGCCAACGCAAGCCAAGACAAGCCAACGCAAGUCUAAGUCAAGCCAACGCAAGCCAAGCUAAGCCAACGCAAACCAAAGCAAGCCAACGCAAACCAAAGCAAGCCAACACAAGCCAAGCCAAGCCAACGAAAACCAAAGCAAGCCAACGCAAGCCAAGCCAAGCCAACGCAAACCAAAGCAAGCCAACGCAAACCGGAGCAAGCCAACGCAAACCAAAGCAAGCCAACGCAAACCAAGCCAAGCCAACGCAAACCAAAGCAAGCCAACGAAAACCAAAGCAAGCCAAGCCAACGCAAACCAGAGCAAGCCAACGCAAACCAAAGCAAGCCAACGCAAACCAAAGCAAGCCAACGCAAACCAAGCCAAGCCAACGCAAACCAAAGCAAGCCAACGCAAACCAAAGCAAGCCAACGCAAACCAAAGCAAGCCAACGCAAACCAAAGCAAGCCAACGCAAACCAAAGCAAGCCAACGCAAGCCAAGCCAAGCCUAGCCCACCAAAAACCCCGUCGUAUUUGUAGAAUAUCAUCCUCAGCCUGUAAAUUCACCAUUAAAUAUUAUCAGUUAUCAAUAAACCAUCAUUCUCAACCUGCCAAUCAUCAGCAAACUACCAUUCCCAUCCUGUCAAUCACCAAUCAACUACCAUUCCCGACCUGUCAAUCACCAAUCAACUACCACUGCCAACCUGUCAAUCACCAAUCAACUACCACUGCCAACCUGUCAAUCACCAAUCAACUACCAUUCCCGACCUGUCAAUCACCAAUCAACUACCCUGCCAACCUGUCAAUCACCAAUCAACUACCACUGCCAACCUGUCAAUCACCAAUCAACUACCAUUCCCAACCUGUCAAUCACCAAUCAACUACCACUGCCAACCUGUCAAUCACCAAUCAACUACCACUGCCAACCUGUCAAUCACCAAUCAACUACCACUGCCAACCUGUAAAUCACCAAUCAACUCCCACUGCCAACUGUCAAUCACCAAUCAACUACCACUGCCAACCUGUCAAUCACCAAUCAAACUACCACUGCCAACCUGUCAAUCACCAAUCAACUACCACUGCCAACCUGUCAAUCACAAUCAACUACCACUCCCAAACCCUGUCAAUCACCAAUCAACUACCACUGCCAACCUGUCAAUCACCAAUCAACUACCACUGCCAACCUGUCAAUCACCAAUCAACUACCACUGCCAACCCGUAA